AUUUAUUAAACUGUAUAUUAUAGUUUUGUAUAUUUAUAAUUAUCAUGUGAUUAUAUGUUCAUAAUAUUACAAUAUUCUAAUACUCAUGUUUUUUAACAAUAGAUAUCAUAAUUAAAUCAGUAUCAUCAAUUGAAAUUAUCAUUUUUAGUAGAAUUGAUUGUUUAAAAUCCUAAGACAUUUUCACAUAAAUAAUUUUUUGUUUUUUUCUUUCAAUUUUUUUAUUUAGUUGUCAAUAUUUAUGAAAUUAACUAAUAAAUAAUAAAUUUCAAAUCUAUAUCACUCGACACUGUAAUUAAAUUAACAGGGCAAAAUGACUAAUAAAUUAAAAAACUAAUUAUUCUCUCUCGAAAAUUACAAAACCUAAAACACUAAGAAAUUCUGAUCGUAUUGCAAUUUGUACAUUUAUGAUGGAUAACUCGCAAAUAAAUUUGCACAGUGAAAAUUUUGAUCUGUGUAGGAUAUGUUUAUUGGAACCAGAAUCAAAUAGAAAAAUUAAAUUUUUAAACAUAUUUAUGAUAUCAAACAAUGAUAAUGGAUUAAACCAGCAUAUGUUUGAAUUGUUGGGUGUUAAAGUGGAAAAAGAUGAUAUCAAACCCAAGAUUAUAUGUGAAAAUUGCCAUAAAUCAUUGCUUAGUUGGGUUGAAAUGAAAAAAAAAGCUACUGAGUCACAAAUAGUGAUAAAUUAUAUUGCCAAAAAGUUUACAAAUAAUUCAUCCAAAAAGUGUGUUGUUAAUUCAAGUGAACCAGAUUCAUCGUUUGAAUUUGGAAAUAACAUCAAUCCUCAUGCGUCAUCAUUUAAUAAAAAAAUAUGCACAAAAAAUGAAAUAUCUAAUAUCAAAAUAAAUUCGUCACAAAGUUAUGAAAAUCCCAUUCUACCAUCAAAGAGAUCAUUAUCAACAUCUAGUGAAAAUGAUGAUAUUUAUGAAAAUCCUAUGAGUGAAAUAACUGAGACAAAUGAUAUAAUUUGUAUAUCAGAUAGUGAAGAAUCAGUUGAUGUUGAAAAUAUCUCUCAAAAUAUUAAAUCAAAUGAGGAGUCACAUUAUUGUUCAAUUUGUAAAAAACAACAAUAUAAUCAUGAUUGUUCACAGUUCAAUAAAGAGUUCUCUACCUGUUUAGUACCUAACUGUAAUAUAAUAUUCAGAGCAGUUAGAGAUUUUUUUCCUCAUUACAGGCAACACAUUGGUAUGUCUCCUGGAUCCAUUUUAUGUCGUCAGUGUUACAAAGAAAAUAAAAAAUCUAGUAGAGAUGACAAUGGUGAACAUAUUCACAGUGAUAUGACCAACUUAUUUAAAUGCUACACUUGUAAUAUUUCAUUUAAUUCAAUGUUAGAUAUUGCUCAACACAAGCUUACACAGCAUAAUAGCCGUAUUAUCAAUUCUUCAGGUAAUUACUUAUGUUAUUAUUGUGAAAAAUCUUCUCCAGAUUUGGCUAAAAUUAAUGAUCACAUUAAAUAUUGCAAAAACAAUCAGUUAGUUAAAAACCAACAAAAUAAGCCUGAAACAUAUUCUAUUCCUAAAAUAGAUCCAAUUUCUAAAUCUACUAACAGAAUUACUAUAAAAAAGAAUGAUGUUGAUUUGAAAAAAGAGAGGCUUAAAACUACUACUACUACUGCUGCUAUUCCUUGUAAGCUCCCUGUACGAACUGCUGAUCAGGUUCUGUUUACGUGUUUAAAACCAUCAUGUAAUAUUAUUUCUCAAAAUUUUCAAAAUUUUAAAACACAUUGCCGCGAUCAUUUAAAUAUAGGAAAUAAUGUUAUGUGCUGGCAGUGUGUUUCCGAUUUUCCUGAUGUUACUGCUCUUCGUAAUCAUCAAACUCAAGGGAAUUGCCAAAAACCUGGGAUGUUUGAAUGUUUUGAAUGUUCUACCAAAUAUGACGAUAUUCAAGGAUUAAGUGUACAUAAAUUGAUUGUUCAUGAAUGCACUAUUGUAUCAAAGAAUAGAAAAACAAUGAUUUGUCCGUUUUGUAAGACUGAGCAUAACAUUAAUGUAUUUAGAAACCAUUUAACUACAUGUCAAAAUAAACAGAAGAAAAAAGUAAUAUCUAAUCAAACAAAGACUAAACUAAUUGAAAAAAGGACAAAUUUUAAAUGUAAGUAUUGUAAAAAAAUAUGUCAAACACAAGCUGCUUUAGUUAAUCACUUGAAAAAACAUGAAAGAUUAAAAACAAUUAAUUCUUUAAGUAUUAAGUCAAAUUGUGAUUCAACUAUUUCAAAUAAUAAAUCAGUUACUUCUAGCAUUGAUGUUACAGAGACGACAAAUUUUCCAGAAAAAAUAAUCGAUUCUUCUAGAAAAAUUUCAGCUAAUAAUAAAAAUAAACUAGUUAAUAUUGAAAUGUUUCCUUUUAUAAAUAAUUUAUAUUUUUGUAUUAAAUGUCCUAAGAAAUUUGUAUCACAAGCUGGAUUAACUGAACAUUGGAUUCAUUGUUCUAAUGUUGGGAUAAAAAGAGCUAAGCCUAUUAAAAAUAAAUAUCCUCUUAAUUAUUAUUGCACUAAGUGUAAAGAAUAUUAUUCAUGCUUAGAAUUUGGUCAACAUUGGAAAAUUAAACAUGGUAAAAAACUUGUUUCUAACAAGUAUAAACGUUACUCAUGUAGAUAUUGUCCUAGUCAGUUUAAGUAUAAAAUUGCUUUAGCUAUGCACAAAGAACAUGAACAUAAUGAAGAAAGUAUUUCUAACAUUACAGAAAAAAAAACUGUUGAUUGUGUGGUAAUGCUUCCUAUUAUAUCCCAAACUACAUCUUUGGCUGCCAACAAUAUUGAAAAUACGAUGCUUGUUGAUCAAUCAGAUUCUGAUUCACUAGUUGAUGAAAAAGAAGUUAAUGUAGAUACUACUUUUCAUAAAGAUCACAUUAAUGAAAAACAAGAAAAUGCAGUUAAAGAUCCAAUCAUUAAUGAAAAAUGUAAUAUAACUCACUUAAAAGAUAAUAUUGAUAAAGAUGGUGAGCUAUUUGUUAAUCAUGAAUCAUGUAAUAAUGCAAUAACAACUCAGCCAGAUCAAUUAUUUGAUGGAAACAGUUUGGUUGAAGAAGUUAUAGUUGACGAUACUGAGAUGGAUGAAUCCAGCUUAAAUGAAGUAAUAAUACAUUCACAACAUGAUGAAAUAUUACUGGAUAAUAUACAUGAUGUAGUAGAUAAUAUUGAAAAUCAAAAUGAAGAAGAAUCAUCUUAUAAGGAAAUUUGUAACCAGGGUGACUUAGUUAAUGAUAACAAUUUAGUGGUUGAAGUUGAUCAAAGUGAAAUGUCUGUAGAAGUUUAGCUAAUAAGUAUAAAUUAAAUUUAUAUAUAUUUGAACCUGAAUCUUUAAAUUUUAGAAAAAAAAUUCAUCUAAAACCAUAUGUACAAAAAAAUAUAGUAGAAAUAUUAUUUCUAUUUGUUUAAAUAACUUUUUGUCAAUAUUAUGGUACUGUAUGAUCAAUUAUUCAUUACUUAAAUUAAUAGCACAGCAUUCACUCUUUAUGAAUAUUGUUACAUUUAUAAUUCAUGAAAGGUUUUAUUUUUAUUUCAUAAUUGUUUCCAAAACCUAUGUAUACCAUCUAAAAUGUUUUUUAUCCACUUUUUUUUUUUUUUAAAUAUUGUGUAUUGAAAUUUUUAAUAGCCCUUAAACAAAUAAAUAUAAUUUAGACUUAAGAAUUUAUUUAGAUGUAUUUAUUAUUAUUUUAUACUAAGACUUAUAAACGUGUAAUAAGUAUGUUGAAGUUUUAAGUGUAAUUUAAUUUAUCUGUUUUAUUCAUAUAUAUUAUUAAUAUACUUUGUAAAGUAUUUGAAAUUAAUUUUUUAUAUGUUUCUUUUGCAUAUUUAAAAUAGUUAUUUUGUAAAAUAAAUCGAGACAACUGUAUUAGGAGUUUAAUUCAAAAAUGAAUCAAAUUAUUUUCUAUUCCA